GAAAGCAUUUAGAAAACAACAGUCUGUCCAGGUGGAAUUGCCAGUCCACCUGACAGCUUUUCGAGAUUGCUAUAGUUGGUUAUUUCGCUUAUAUGUACAUAUAUACUCUAGCCUCUUUUUGAAAUAUUUAAACCCACAGUGACGCGCUCCCCUGUCCUCAUCUCUCGUCACCCCGCUACUUCCGAUCCCUGCCCCGCAUACGAGCGCAAUCGUGUAGAGAACUACUUAUCGGCCUUCUGCAAGAUAUCUACGCGUCUGCGUACGCUUUCUACGGUCCUGUUUUCAUAUAGGCCAAUUUUUGUCGUGGUCUAGAGCAAGAAUGGCGGACGACGAGGGUGCAUCUCCUCGCGAGCUGGUCGUCGAGGCGUGCCGCCGUGACCAGCCUCAUCUGAUCGAGCAGGUUAUUCAUGGCAUGGAAAACAAGUCGAACGAAGAGAUCGCCGAGUUCUUCAACUCCGUCACCGAUGCUCUCGGUAACUAUGCGCUCCACAUAUGCGCCAUGUAUGGAAGCUACGAUGUCAUGGACGCCCUCUUCGAUAUCCAGUAUUUCGAAUGCGACCCUCUCACGCGUGUCGAUAAGGAAGCCCCCCUUCACACUGCUGUUCGCUUUGCCAACGAAAAGGAUUCAAAGCUCGGUCUUGAAAUGAUCGAGAUGAUGUGUGAGGCUGGAUGCGACCCCCGCGUCAAGAAUAAGCACGGUCAGAAGGCUAUCGACCUAGUCUAUGACAACGACGAAAUCAAGCUAGCGCUGCAGAAGGCCGAAUACAUUCUCAAUGAAGGUGUCAGAGAAGCCGAUGAAGAUGGCGAUGAAGGCAGUGCGAGUGACAGCGACUGAUAAGUCAUACUGAACAACUGACCUAGGUCAUCUGUCGGACAGGGCAGAUCCGUGGAUAUCUUGGCGAUCUUCCGCCGACAGUCUAACAGUAUCUGUCCUUUUUCUAUCUUACGGACUACAACACUGGUGUUGAGGUCAAGCAUGGUUUUCGGUUUGAGGACGCGAUCAAGAUUGUGAGUUAACUUGAGUAUCUCGCAGCUGGUCGAUCAGUUCCCUCGCUGUCCAUUUCACUUUACAUCGGACAAACUUGUCCCAAAUAUGGCGUCACUUAGUACCUGGCGACAGAGAUGAAGCUCAUAGCCCUUGUCCCUGGUUUCUUUUCUCCUUUGUCUUUCUAUUUCCUUGGUCU